GCCGCUGUUGCAGCCCAGCCCCCUGCUCAUCAUUCCUUUCAUGGAAAUUAGAUGAAGGUGGCUUAACGUGGGUGGCCAUAGGAGGCUGGCAGGUUCACGGAGGAUGUAGCCGGGGACUCCGCACUCCCUGACCCUCCAAGACCCUCCCGGACCCAGGUCCCGGGGAAACAGGGCAGAGCCACCAUGCGGUCGCCCUGACGGGGGCUCAGACUCUCCCCCACCGCCCGGUGCGUCCUCCGCUCCUAAAUUAUUGAUCUCUUCCUGCGGUGAAAGCAACCCGCGACCAUGGCGCUGAAGUGAAGCCUGCCGUCUGCCGCACACAUGGACGUGUUCAGCUUCGUGAAGAUGGGAAAGUUGUCUGGCCACAGAACCAAAUCUACGGGCUGGCCACCCCCUUCCGGGACCUGGAGUGCCUCCUCGGCACCCUCCUAUGGAUGGGACAUGGCUUCCAGUAGAGAGGGGAGAGAUUGCUUUGUCAAUAGCGGGUCCCAGAGCAGCUCACUUGAGGAGGUUCGUCUGGACAGCGGCCCGUUUGUACCCCCAGCUCCAAGGAAGGUGGAAAUGAGACGGGACCCUGUGUUAGGGUUCGGCUUUGUGGCGGGGAGUGAGAAACCCGUGGUGGUACGUUCCGUCACCCCAGGUGGUCCCUCGGAGGGAAAGCUCAUCCCUGGAGACCAGAUCGUCAUGAUCAAUGAUGAAGCGGUCAGCGCUGCCCCCAGGGAGCGGGUCAUCGACCUUGUCAGAAGCUGCAAGGAGUCCAUCGUGCUGACGGUUGUUCAACCUUUUCCAUGUCCCAAAUCUGCAUUCAUCAGUGCUGCGAAAAAAGCCAAGUUAAAGUCGAACCCGGUGAAAGUGCGCUUCGCCGAGGAGGUCAUCAUAAACGGACAGGUUCCUGAAACAGUCAAGGAUAAUUCCCUUCUUUUUAUGCCAAAUGUUCUCAAAGUGUACCUGGAAAAUGGGCAGACAAAGUCCUUCCGCUUUGACAGCAACACUUCCAUUAAAGAUGUUAUCCUGACUUUGCAAGAGAAACUGUCCAUCAAGAGCAUUGAGCAUUUCUCCCUGAUGUUGGAACAGCGCGGUGAAGGAACUGCAAGCAAACUGCAGCUCCUCCAUGAGCAGGAGAUGUUAUCUCAGGUGACACAACGACCAGAGUCUCAUAAGAUGAAAUGCUUCUUCCGAAUCAGCUUUGUUCCGAAAGACCCCAUCGACCUUCUAAGGAGGGAUGCUGUGGCUUUCGAAUACCUCUACGUUCAGAGCUGUAACGACGUGGUGCUGGAGCGCUUUGGGUCGGAGCUGAAGUACGACAUGGCACUGCGCCUGGCUGCCUUGCAGAUGUACAUCCUGACCGUCACCACCAAGCAGACGCAAAAGGUCUCCAUCAAGUACAUUGAGAAGGAAUGGGGUUUAGCGCUCUUCCUGCCUCCAGCUGUCUUGUCCAGCAUGAAGGAGAAGAACAUUAAGAAAGCCCUGACACAUAUUCUGAAGACCAACCAGAAUCUCGUACCUCCGGGAAAAAAGUUAACUGCUUUACAAGCAAAGGUGCACUACCUGAAAUACCUCAGUGAACUGAGGCUAUAUGGGGGACGUGUGUUCAAAUCUACACUGCUGCAAGGGGAAAAGCACACAGAAGUGACCCUCCUCGUGGGACCGCGCUACGGCAUCAGUCACGUGAUCAACACCAAGACCAACCUGGUGGCCCUGUUGGCUGACUUCAGCCACGUCAACCGCAUCGAGAUGUUCACGGAGGACGAGAAAAACGUCAGGGUGGAGCUGCAUGUUCUUGACGUCAAGCCUAUAACACUCUUAAUGGAGUCCAGUGAUGCCAUGAAUCUGGCUUGCUUGACAGCUGGAUACUACAGGCUGCUCGUGGACUCCAGAAGGUCCAUCUUCAACAUGGCCAACAGUAGUAACACCAAUAGCGUGGACACAGACCAAGAUGCCAGGGGAAAGAUUAACUUCCAAGCUAUCGAGUGGACGUAUAGCACCUCCUUCAGUACCAACGAAGACACAAGUGUCCGCAAGAGGCAGUCUUACGACAAAGAAUCUGAGUUUCUGGAUUGUAGCAGAAGCGAAAAUGAAGUCACCCCCAUCUACAUUACGGAGCUCCAAGGGUCCCAGCACAGAACUCAUCUGGGAGAGCGGGCAGAAAAGGGGAACAGAAAUGCACACUCUCAGCCGUUUUUGUCUGUUCCGAAAAGCAAAGCCCAGGACUCUCCCAGAAGCGCCAAGGUGUCCUUUAUAUUCGGAGACCCUCCCUUAGAUACUGUCAAUCCCCAAAACCUGGGUUACGAGAGGUUACUGGAUGAAAGUCCAGAAAUUCUUGAUGAACACAGGUCAAUGUACCUCCAAAAUGAGGAAGAUUUUAAGAACAUGGAUCCAUCCAGGGAUGGACUAGACUUCCAGUACGGUACCCACUCAGUCUACAGUGGCAUCAAUGAUGGAAAAAUAUUUGGGAACACAGAGGGUAUUGAAGAGCCCCUGCUUCGUGACAUCUGCUACGCGGAAACAACGGACGACGCAGAGGAUGAUGAUGAUGCCAGCUGUGAGGAGGAUAGCGUGAUUGGGGAGAUGGACAAGUCUACCUUCCUCAAACUCUCUGGUUCCAGUGACGACAUCAUAGACUUGACCUCCCUCCCACCACCAGAGGGUGACGAUGAGGAAGACAAUGAUGUUCUCCUUCAUUCUCUCAAUAUGGCCAUCGCUGCUCCCCCACCCGGCUUCAGGGACAGCUCAGAUGAAGACGAGCAUCAGGCCACACAGGUUACCAAGGGGAGCAGCCCGGGCACCAGCGAUGACAUUCCUGUUUCACUGAUCGAUGCAGUUCCUACACAAUCGGAAGGCAGCAAAGAGGCAGCCCUGGACGAUGCUGUGGUCUCCACCUUACAGGCCCUAGAGGCCUUGGCGGCCUCUGAGGAACAGGCCCACCAACAGUCAGACAGUAGUUCAGGUGUAGCAAUAUCUCGGGCCUUUAGUCCAGAGUCAUCUUCAGAUUCUGGAAAUGAGACAAACUCCUCAGAGAUGACAGAGAGCUCGGAGCUUGCAACGGCCCAGAAGCAGUCCGAGAACUCCAUGCGCUUGUUUGUGGCCACCACUGAAGGGUACCAGCCACUCCUUGAAGAGAAAACUGAGUUCCCCGUUUCCCCCUCUGAUCAAGAUCCUGUCCUUAAAAUUCCCAGUGGCUUCACAAGCAGCCAGGAAGAAGAACCGCAGUCCACAGCUGUGCCUUCGAAGCAGAUGCUCCACUCGGACGGCCUUGAAAUGGAGCCAGAAACCAUGGAAACCAAAUCUGUGACAGACUACUUCAACCUAAUGCAGAUGGGCUCUCUGGUGAGCUCCAGUAACAGCAAGCGAAGAGGAAAGACAGGUGAGACAGAUGCCAGAAGGCACUUUGACACUAAUACUGCGGGUAAGCGGCUGCCAAGAUUGGCCGAGCCUGGUGGGGAAGAUCAGCAGCAAGUGGGGAAAUUCAACACGUUCAGCACACGGGAGUCACACCGCAUGAGUCACUUUGAUCUUGAGCGCACCUCAUUUCGUGAAAAGAGCCAAAAGCGGCAGCCUGUGUCUGAAAACAAGACAGCAGAGGCUGUCCCGGGGGAUGCGAGUGGUCGCAGCCAGUCAUGGGGGCCCCACACUAGCAGGAUGGGUAUCAAAGAGAAUGACCCGGAAGAUGAUGGUAAUGGCACUUCUGAGAUUGUUAAGCAAAAGGGUUCCUCAGACAGGGCACUCCUGUCACCAGACAGGGAGCUAAACAAAUCCAAACAAACAAACAACCCCAGCGGGGAACAGACGCAGACGAAGCCUCCCCCAGCAGAACAGCCCGUUACCCGGCUGUGUGAGUACCAUCUCGCCAAACGCAUGUCGUCCCUGCAAAGUGACAGCAACUACUCCCUUCAGAGCUCCCAGUGCUCUUCCCUCGAUGCCAACUGCAAUGCGGGGAGUAGCAGCUGCACCAUGCCCGUGGAUUCCCCUCUCUGCGCAGCUGACAGCAAGCUUGCACCAGCCGAGUCCGCCAUGAAAGGUAUCAGCUAUGCAGUAACUGAGGAGAAAGCCCAUGGCACAUCAAGUCACGGAUUGCAGGGAAAGGAACUCUACCAAAAAGCAGACUCAUCGCUUUCCCAGAAGAUACAGCCUAACAUACACACGCCGACAGGCUCUGAGCCCACACUGGGCUCUUUGCAAGAUGGAUGCCAGCGGCUGCCCAAGAUUAAAGAAACUACAGCUUGCACAGAACUCGAGAUGGCACGAAGAGGAGACUGUUUUUCCAAACAGGUCAAGGUCAAUGCCAUACCACCACCAUCUAAUAUUAGUGCAGAUACUGAUGUGCCAAAGCAGGAGCCUACUGAAAUCCCCAAGCAGAACCAUAUCCAGACAUCUCCCAUCAGCUUGCUUCCAUGUGAGCAGAGCACAGGCAGCCUUAGGAUAACCAAGAAAGACAGGACCCUACGGCGGAGCUCAAGUAGCUUGACCACAUACUCUGGUAGUGCUGAAUUGUCAACCAAAGUCACAAGCGCUGGUCGAAGUUUGCAGCCUUCUCUAUCACUUGAUUCCAAACCUCAAAAGAAACCUGCUGGGAAGAAGCUUUCCAAGAGUUACUCCCAGGGCUCAGUCUCCUCUAAUUCUGCUUGCUCCACUGGCAGCAGGGAUGGCAGAAGAGCUUCAGUUGUGCUUCCCAUGCCAAAAGACACUAAGCAGUUCAGAUCUUUGCCAAAGCUGGACACCAGCAAUUGGAGGUGCCACGGUCCCUUCAGCUACUGCUUUCUCAAAAAGAAGACAGUUGCUGAUGAGGACGAAGAUGAUGGAGAGCUUCACACAUCUGAGUCACCCAAGAGGGCCCAAAGGACAUCAAGACUGUCUUCCAGCAGUGGAGUGGAGGACUUAGCAUCUCCUACAAAGGCCCUUGGAGAGCAGCAUUACUUGGAUGUUAACUUGAACAGCAUGAGCUUCAGCGCCCAGCUAGCUCGGGUUAACGUGCUGAAGGACAAUAUGUACAGCUUCCCCUCUGGUUUUGCAGCUGCGCAGAGGGAUGCUGGAGAGUUGAUAACCCUGGUGCGCUCCAGUGUUGGGAGAGCUGAUGGCCCACUGCCCGAGAUUCAGGGAGCUGACCUGUUCCAAUACAAACAGCUGCUCUCCAUUGAGUCCAAAGAGCUAGGAACCGCCUGUAGGAAGAUGGCCCUAGCACAAAAAAGCCCAGAAGAAAUGAUUUUGGCUGUGACAUGCAGCUUCCAGGUUCUAUGCUGCUUGACAGAGGCUUGCAUGUGCCUCGUGAAAGGAAUGUCUGAGGAGGCCCAGCAACGUGAGGUGGUAGCCAAAGUAGAUGAGGUUGUCGUGAACUACAUCUGCCUGCUGAAGGCUGCCGAGGCAGCUGCAGUUGGCGCCAGCAAAGACUACAGUGUUAAAGCUCUGGCGCGGCACUCAACCACUAUGUCCACUAUCAUAAACGCACUCACACGUUCGCUAAAAUCACUUCUCAAUAAGUAA